AUGGUAUCGAAAGGAUCAGUCCUUGCAUUAUAUGUUGAAGAAUGCGACAGGUUGCAGAAAAGAAAACUGAAAUCAAAAGACAGUGGACUGGUGACUCAGGUCAUCGUAGAGGAAGGCGCAAUAGUUCACCCAGGAGAUGUACUUAUUGUCAUUCACCCACAAACAGAUGGCACUUGUACACAUCCUACAAUCAUGAAGGACAUGUGUGCUGACUGUGGAGCUGAUCUUAGGCGGGAAAUGGGAGUGGCUGGAGAUCGAAAUAAAUCUGUUACUGCUUCAGUUGCAAUGGUUCACAGCAUUCCAGAACUUAUCAUCAGUCAGGAGCAAGCUCUGGAACUUGGGAAAGAGGAUGAAAAUAGACUACUUCGUUGCAAAAAACUUGUGCUGUUGGUGGAUUUGGAUCAAACACUUAUUCACACAACUAAUGAUAACAUACCUCCCAACUUAAAGGGUAUAAAACACUUUCAAUUGUGGCAUGGUAAAAAUCACAUUUGGUACCACACCAAGAUUCGACCGUUUACCCAACACUUCCUGGAGGCAGUUUCUAAAAUGUAUGAGUUGCACAUCUGUACAUUUGGGGUGCGUAUGUAUGCACACAUUAUUGCUAGGUUUCUGGAUCCAGAUGAGAAAUACUUUUCUCACCGCAUACUGUCACGUGAUGAAUGCUUUGAUCCUUUGUCCAAGACAGCUAAUCUCAAAGCUCUAUUCCCUUGUGGCGAUAAAAUGGUUGGAAUCAUUGAUGACAGAGAGGAUGUUUGGAACCAUGCACCAAACCUAAUCCAUGUCAAGCCAUACAGAUUUUUUCAAGGUACUGCUGACAUUAAUGCACCACCAGGACUCACAAAAGCUGAGCAUGAUAAUGAACCAAUAUCACACAAGGUGAUUGAUCAUUCACAACAGGCAAAUGAUGGCAAAGCUGAGCAUGGUAAUGAACCAAUAUCACACAAAGUGAUUGAUCAUUCACAACAGGCAAAUGAUGGCAAAGCUGAGCAUGGUAAUGAACCAAUAUCACACAAAGUGAUUGAUCAUUCACAACAGGCAAAUGAUGGCAAAGACUCUAGUUCAGAGAAACAGCAUUGCCAGGAUUGUACAGAUUCAGAUAUCAAGGACAGAUGUGGGCAAGUUAGUGAUAUAAGACAGGGUAAUAGAGACCAUGAAAACGUCAGUGAUGUUAUAGAAAUUAUUGAAGAGCCAAAGAACAGUGUUAUUUCCCAAGGUGAUAACAAAAAUGAUAUUGUUAGUUCUGAUUUUUCUGUGGUGUCAAGCAAAAAAACUAUUAGUGAAAUGAACAGCAGUCAGUGUUGUGAAGAAAAUGAAAUACAGACUAGUUUAUGUGUUGGAAGUGGAUAUAUAGAUACUGGUGAUUUUACAGUGUCUAGUGAAAAAAGGCUAGUGCAAAGUUUAACCUCUGCAAACUCACUGAGCAUAGAUAAUGACAUGAAGAAUACUGGCAACAUUAGGGUGAGUUUAGAAACAUCAGUAAUGCUUUCAGAAAACUGUAAACACCAUGACAACUCUGAGAGUAAAGCAUCUGGUAAAACUGGUUCUGCUUGUAACGACGCUGAAAGUCAAAUAGAAGAAGUUAUUCUAGGUAAAGAGAAUGCCCAGGAGGAAAUUGAGUGGACUGAUGAUGAUGACUAUUUGCUUCACUUGGAAGAAAUUUUAAAAAAAAUCCACAAAGCUUAUUACGAAUUGUACGAACAGUGUCAGAGUAAUGGAUCCAGUGAGCUUCCAGACUUGAAGCAUAUUAUUCCUUAUGUGAGGAAGAAAACUCUUAAAGGUGCCAACAUUGUCUUCACAGGAAUGUUUCCAUUGAACUUGAGUUUAGAGAAGUCACAGGCUUAUAUUGUGGCCAGGGCGCUUGGGGCAAAUGUCCAGAAUGAUAUUGUUCCGAAGAAGACUAACAAUGGAAACAGUGCAGAUGCCACUACUCAUUUGGUGGCAGCCAAGCCCGGCACAGGAAAACAUAAAACUGCAUUAAAAAUGAAAGGCAUUCACAUUGUUAGUCCAGACUGGUUGUGGGCGUGUAAUGAAAGAUGGGAAUGGGUUCCUGAAAGCUUAUAUCCACUAAUCAGCAGGGAUCCUUCCUCCAGAAACAUGGGCAGCCCUGACGAUAGCGCACCAAAGUCAGAAAAAGCAGCUAUGAGAAAAAGAAAAAAUCAAGAACACAAAAUGGAAGCCAUAGUUGAUGAUAAAGUUUCUGGAAAUAAAAGGGAUUAUUUAGAGAUUGCUAGACAGAACAAGAAAUUUAAGUUGGACAGUGAUGAAUUUCGGGGAGAUUCAAAAACUCAGCCUUCUUCAAGUAAUGCCAAUACUCUCCCAGUGGAAACAUUUUCAAAUAGUUUUAACCCUCUGUAUUCUUUUUCUGAUGAAGAUAUUGAGUUCAUGGAUAAAGAGGUUGAGGAACUAUUGGGUGAAGAUGAUUACAGCUUGGUAGAAAGUGAUGAAGAAAGAGAAAUGCUGCUAAGGCAGAAAGUACUGGGUGCUGUUGGGGAAUCAGACUCAGACUCUGAUAGCUUGUCUGGGGAUUUCCCAAGAGGUUGGAAAUUACGACGAAAGUCAUUUUCACCCCCAAGAAAAAUUGAUACAAAUGAUGGUGAAGUGGCAACAGAAGAUGAUGAUGAAACAGAAAAUGAACUGAUGCAGUUUCAGAAAAACAUGGCAGCAUUUGCCCCAGAUGAAACUGAAUCAGAUUCAGAUGUGGACACAGUUUCUGUAGGAUCAGUUGAUGAUGAGAUCGCUGAAGCUGUUGAAAAAGAGUUUCUCGCUUCCUUGUAG